AUGAACCCAAAUGGCGGAUCCAGCGGUGAUAUGGGGCCAGAAUCGGCCGAGGGGAGUCGCAUGUCCAAAGCAAUAGACAACAUUAAACAUAAGGCGAUUCUGGACCUGACUCAAGGUGUCACGGAACAAAGCACAAACGAGGGGAUCAUAAUAUUCAUGACUGGCUGUGAAAACCAUGCCCCCAUCGGGCCCAUUAGGUGGACUGUCUUUGAGGUAGAAAGAUACAUCUUUGGCGACCCCAGUGAGAGUUGCUCGACCCGCAAGUGCGACAUUGGAAAGAUUGGAGGCCAGAGAUUGAAUAAAUGGGGUCAACCUGAAGGGUACCUGUUCACAGGAGCAACAAAACCAAGAGUUUCAAGUGGCUUGGGUAUGGCGUGGCCCUCGGUGUCAACAACGCCACGUCAUUUGUCCACUGUUCAUGGCGAAGGACUGAAAGAACAUGUAAGUUUCAAUUCAAUGUCAAUGAAUGGAGUGACUGACAGGAGAAGUUACGGUGACGACUGCAUUGAUGAUGGCGUAAGAGUAGGUUGUAGUACAUUGGCAUUGCCAACAUACGUGAUGCAAGUUUUCAUAUAUCAGUUCUCAAAUGACGCCAACCCAGUGUUUGCAGGCUGGACAGCCGGGAUGGUCCGGCAGCUGCCAACGACAACAUUGGGAGCAGGAGGUAGGUAUCAUCAGAACUGCGGUGUGGUCUCAGUCAGCGAGGAUACAGGGCAAUGGUGUGCUGCGUGA